AUGGCAGAGGUCGCGGAGCUCAAGCUCUUCAAGGUCAUCGGCUACAACGGCUCGUACAACAACACGGUCAUCUACACCAAGGACGGGCAGUACCUCAUCUACUCGCUCGGGCUAACGGUCGUGAUCAAGGAUCUGCGCUCGAGCGCGCAGGGUUUUUUGCAUGGUCACACCGACAUCAUUACGUGCUUAGCCAUCUCGAACGAUGGCGCUAAGCUCGCGUCCGGUCAGCAGAGCAAGAGCCGCGGCAACAAGGCGCCGGUGCUGGUCUGGGACCUUCGCGGAGCAAUCGCGGCCAUGACCGAGAAGGCCAACCAAAGCGACAAGGUCAUCUACCGCCUCGUGCUGCACAUGGGAAAGGUCCAGGACAUGGCGUUCUCGUCCCAGGACACAAGCUUGUAUACGGUGGGCGGCCAAGACGACAACGCGCUAGUGUGUUGGAGCAUGAAAACUGGCGAGCCCGUGUGCGGGACGCCCGCGGGCGACGACUCGACGCUUGUGGUGACUGCGUUUCGCCAAGGCGCCAACAACGACCUCCUCGUGACGGGUGGCAACUACUCGAUCAACGUCUGGCGCAUCGACCACAAGUACCGCAAGUUCCACCCGCUGCGCGCGAACCUCGGGAACCUCAAGCGUAUCAUCUCGACGAUCGCACUCUCGUCGGACGACAAGAUUGCGUACUGUGGCACAAAGACGGGCGACCUCCUCGAGGUUAUCAUGGACUGCGACUUGACCAAACCCAACUGCGCGUUUCCCCCGGUUGGCGCCCAAAAGCCCCGGUACAACCGCACGACGAAGGAGCGGUUCAGCCAAGGCAUCAACACCGUCAUCGUCUACGAAGACCACGGUCAUCGCUACCUCCUUCUCGGCGCAGGCGACGGCAGCCUCGCCAUCUUGCCCACGGGCGGUAUCAACGAGCCGAUCAAAUCGACACCCAUCGUCACGACGGUGAUUGAGAAGCUGCUGGGCGGCAUCACCAGCCUCUCGGAAGGACCUCAUGGAUCGCUGUACGCUGGCACGAACCAGAGCAACAUGUACUCGGUCGCUGUCACCAACACUGACGGUCUCGGUCUCCGUGUCGACCUGCGCGCGACGUGCCACUAUGGCGGCAUCAACGACAUUGUGUUUCCCAAGUCGUCGCUCAAGAGCCACGAGAUGAACUCGAACCUCUUUGUGACGUGCUCCAAGACCGACAUCCGCAUCUGGAACGCCCGGCGCGCCCAAGAGAUCCUGCGCAUCCAAGUCCCCAACCUCGUGUGCAACUGCAUCGACCUGACGUCCGACGGGUCGGUCAUCGUGAGCGGCUGGGACGACGGCAAGGUCCGCGCCUUUUACCCCGAGUCGGGGAAACUCAAGUUUGUCAUUCAAGACGCGCACAACGAAAGCGUGACGGCCAUCGCGGUCUGUCACGACACGGAGCAAGAGCGCGAGUGGCGACUCAUCACGGGCGGCAAGGACGGCCGAGUGCGCGUCUGGCGCAUCACGCCGUCGCGUCAGACGAUGGAGGCGUCCAUGAAGGAGCACCGCGGACCCGUCAACAGUAUUCAGAUUGUCCGCGAUAACUCGUCCUGCGUCAGCGCGUCCUCGGAUGGCUCGUGCAUCUCGUGGAAUCUCGAAAACUACACGCGCGUGCAGGCCAUGUUUGCCUCGACGGUUUUCCGGCGCAUCUUGUACCACCCGGACGAGUCCCAGCUGCUCACAUGCGGCUCGGACCGCCGCAUCACGUACUACGACUCGUACGACGGCGAAGCCAUCCGCAUCCUCGAAGAGGCGGCCGACGGCGAGAUGCUCGCCCUCGACAUUGAACGGAGCGGCAACAUCUUCGUGACUGGCGGUCGCGAUAGCACGCUCAAAGUGUGGCAUUACGACAACGGUGAGCCGAUUGCGGUUGGAAAAGGGCACUCGGAGGCGAUCAACGCUGUCAAGAUCAGCCCCGAGCGCCAGCACAUUGUGACCGUCGGUAGCGAAGGCGCCAUCAUGAUUUGGGAGAUGGGGUCGCUUCUCAACCACCUCACGGACGACGCAACCGAGUAGCCCAACAACGCUUGUCAUCAAGUGUACAGAAACAACAUUUAUACUGACUGGUACAUGGACGUUCGAUAUGGUUGUAAAUUGCGUGAACGGGUCAACGCAAGGGAAG